AUGCCGGAGGCGGCGCGGGGCAUGCUGGAUCCGGCGGGCGAGGGGGAGGUGGAGCAGGAGGAGGAGUUCUACGAGUCGCUGGAUCGGAUCCUCUCCUCUUCCUGCUCCUCCACCUCCGCCUCCGCCUCCGACGACGACGCCGACCACCGCCGCCGCAGCAGCAGGCGCCACCACCUCCUCCACCAGCACCACCACAACCCGCCGCCGUCCUCGCGGCCGGACGCGUCCUCCGCGUACGACGUCUGGAUCUCCGAGCCCACAUCCGUCGAGGAGCGCCGCCGCCUCCUGCUCCAGCGCCUCGGCCUCGGCCUCGCCUCCGCCCCGCCGCCGCCUUCUCCGCCUCGCCGCUCGCCGUCGCCUCCCGUGUCUCCCCCGGCCUCGCCUCCGGCGCCCGCGGAGGAGCCCAGAUCCGGCGGCGGCGGGCUCGGGAGGCCUCCGCUGGCGCGGAAUCCCAGCUCCAGCGGCGGGGAGCAGCAAUGCCGGAUCCGGAACCUGGACGACGGCACGGAGUUCGAGGUCGGGGAGGUGCACGAGGAGGAGGUGGUGCGGGAGGUGGGCACCGGCCGCCACCUCACCUUCGAGGAGUUCGAGCUCUGCGUUGGCCGCUCCCCGAUCGUGCACGAGCUCAUGAAGCGGACCACCACCGCGGCCUCCGCGUCCGCCUCUGACAACGCCGCCCCCGCGUCCAGCAGGCCCCGGAGGAAGGCCGGGGGCGGCUGGCUGCGCGGAAUCAGGCAGCUGGCGGGCGCCGUCGCGUACGGGCGCCGCAGCGCAGACGUAGGGGACAAGGAGAAGGAGAGGAAGGAAAGGGAGGCGCGGCGCCUCAGCUCUGCCACCGAUGACAGCCUCGAUGGCUCCGGCUCGCGCAAUGUCGGGAGGGUCCGGGUGCGCCAGUACGGAAAGGCGUGCAAGGAGCUCACUGGGAUGUUCAUGACGCAGGAAUUGGCUGCCCACUCAGGCUCCGUGUGGUGCAUCAACUUCAGCCUGGAUGGACGAUACCUUGCCACUGCUGGAGAGGAUCGUGUGAUCCAUGUGUGGGAGGUGUCGGAGGGAGACAGAAAGGGCGAGUUGCUCGGGGAAGCUUCGGUGGCGAAGGAGAGUGGUGGUGGCUGUAGCCCGUUUCUCGCGGUUGUUGGGAAUGAUUCACCGGAGAUCGCUGCAUUGUCAUUGUCCUGUGCUGAUGGGGGCUAUGUGGAGAAGAAGAGAAGGCCGAGGAAACAGAGCAAUCGGAAGUCUGUCGGGUCUGAUCAUCUAGUUGUUCCGGAGUGUGUAUUUGGUUUCAGAGACAAGCCAGUUUGCUCGCUUCUGGGACAUGCCGCCGACGUUCUUGAUCUUUCAUGGUCCAAAUCUCAGUACUUGGUCUCAUCCUCCAUGGACAAAACUGUUAAGCUCUGGGACAUCACUACCAGUACCUGUUUGAAAACAUUCUCACAUACGGACUAUGUGACUUGCAUCCAGUUCAAUCCUGUAGAUGAUAACUUCUUCAUUAGUGGAUCACUGGAUGAGAAAGUUCGCAUUUGGAAUGUCCGAGAUCGUAAGAUUGAGGAUUGGAAUGAUCUUCAUGAGAUGGUUACCGCUGCUUGUUAUUCCCCUGAUGGACAGGUUGCAAUGGUGGGCUCUCACAAGGGAAGCUGUCAUAUAUUUGAUACAUCUGAGAGGAAGCUUCAGUACAAAAGUCAGAUAGAUUUAAGAAUUAGGAAAAAGAAGUCUGGCCAGAAGAAGAUAACUGGCUUCCAGUUUGCUCCUGGAAGCUCCUCGGAAGUUCUGAUUACUUCUGCGGAUUCAAGAAUACGUGUUGUUAACGGCGAUGAAUUUGUUCACAAGUUUAAAGGGUUUCGGAACACGAGUAGCCAAAUCUCAGCUUCUGUAGCUCCGAAUGGGAAAUACGUCAUCUGUGCCAGUGAGGAUUCUCACGUCUAUGUGUGGAGACAUGACAACAGUUCCCACCCUAGCAGGAGCAGGAGUACAGUUGAUGUAACCAACUCAUAUGAACAUUUCCACUGCCAUGGUGUGACCGUGGCUGUCACAUGGCCUGGUGCUGAAACCCGAGGUUCGUUUGGAUCUCGAAGCAGCAGGCACAGUGAUUCAGAUGGAGCAGUGAACUUUGGUCGAGACCUCCCAGUUGAGAACACUCAGCACAGUUCUGAUGCAGCUGAUAUCAGAUACAAUGAGAGCCCAGUUUGCGAAGGAAUGACAAGCAGAUGCACCAGUAGACAUCAAGGUGAUGGAGCAUCCACAUCCUGGCCUGACGAAAAAUUACCGUCAGCCAAGAGCAGCCCUGGUCACUGCUCGUCCGAUCUUUGCAUGGGAGCUAUGGAUGUCCAGCGCCGGUCUGCGUGGGGUUUGGUGAUUGUCACGGCUGGGCGGGGAGGCGAGAUCAGGGUGUUCCAGAAUUUUGGCUUCCCAGUUCAAGUGUAA